AUGAGUCGUUCCCCAUCGAUUUCCAUGAAAUCGGAGCUUUCUCUGGAAGUCGACGAAAAAUCUUUGCAGCAAUGGGUAGUUGCGUUUUGUAUCAUUAGAUUCGAUCUCGAGCGGGGCCAGCUCAUCGAAGAAUGUUUUCCACCUGGCUGUCUUACUCAAAGCGAAGAGCUCGAGGUCUCCUUUAGCUCAUUCCCCGAUUCGGUCUCGCAAAACCAUAACCGCUCGAGCAUUCACGACUGUAUCUUCUUCUUCCGCAUGAGGAGACACAAAAGUCCUCAGAAAGUAUCGGCAGAUAUUGUUGAAGUAAGCAACAAUCAAGUGGUGUCUUCCCAAAAACAAAUCGAUGGGAAACAAAAGGGAAAAACUCCCACGAGCUACCACUCGGGAUUCUUGUAUGGCUUCGUGUUCAACAGACAGAGACACGACGAGAGACUAAAAAGAGGAGGCGAACAAAAAUCGGUGGUGAUUCUCUCACACAGCCCUUACAGUAGUUUAUUUAGGCCUUUGCUGCAAAUCAUGGGCCCCUUGUAUUUCGAUGUGGGAAGCAAGGCCCUGAAUUAUAUCGCUGCUUACGUGUCGAAAUGGCCCCCACCCGUGCCUGGUCAACAAAUCGAGCUCCCGAUUGGAAAUUCCUCGCUUAAAGUCAACUUGCCGCCUUCUCAUUGUCUGCCUUCGGAUAGUGGCUUUUUCGAAGACUCUGCUUCUUCUCUUGCUCCUUUGCUCCCUUCGAACCAGUCAACUCCACAGGGCUUAUUUCACGACUCGGAUCUUUUCGGCACAUUUCGUGGAUUGUUAAUGCAGCUUUGGAAGCUAUGGGAAAUUCUACUCAUCGGUGAACCUAUCUUGAUUAUAGCACCCACACCUCCUCAGUGUUGUGAAGCUGUUGCGGGUUUGGUUAGUCUAAUUGCUCCUCUACUUUUCAGUGUCGAUUUCAGGCCUUACUUUACUAUUCACGACCCAGAAUUUGCAAUUCUGAAUUCUCUACAAGAUGGGUCUUCUUUUCCUCCUAUGGUCUUAGGCGUGACGAAUCUCUUCUUUUUAAAGGCGCUUCGUAAUAUGCCUCAUGUAGUUUCUGUCGGGAGCCCUUCUCUGAAUUCGAACCGUUUGCCAUUCGGGUCUAACCUGCAGCAACAACUUUCUCUGAGAAAAUUUACGCCCACAAACUUCUUGAGUGCCGUGAGGUUGAGGAGAGAUGGGCCGUUGUGUUUAAUGACGGAGCAUAAAGAAGCCGUGUGGACAAAUUAUGCUCCGGUGACUAAACCCGACACUUCUAUCUUGAAUAGGCUUAUCGAUGCUGGCAUCUCUCCAAGAGUUGAGGAGUCUAUGUCGGUGGUUAAUAAUGAUAUAUUGCGUCGUCAUUUUUUGGAGCUGACUACGAAUUUUUUGGCUCCUUUCGGUCCGUAUUUUAGGGCGAACACGCCUUCUGAAGCUCCGUUUGCCGAUCCACCUCCUUUGCCCACUUUUAAUGCUGAGGAGUUUCUGGCGAACUUGUCGGCUAGAGGGCCUGGAAAGUUUUUACUCAAGCGGAUGAGAUCGAAUUGGCUCGAUCUGUACAGGCGAUUCUUGAAAGGACACAACUUCCUACCAUGGUUCCGGAGAAAACGAGCUGUUGCCGAGCAAGAACAGUAUAGAUUGUGGAGGCAAGCUAGAAUAAAAACCGACAUACACGAACUGAUAGGUAGAAUGUCCGAAAUAGAAAUUGUCGAUUCCUUCAAUGCAAUUGAGCGACACCUCUUAGGAGAAAUCCAGUAUGGGAGAGCAAAUGAAGAUACUGAGGCAGUGUGCAAUAAACUGAGGAAGGAUCUACAAACGGUCUUUAAUGUUCUCCCAAAGGACAUGCAACAACUUUUGAUUAUGAAUCCCGAGAAGGCCUCUCUAUUGCAAGAAUGCGGGCCCCACGACAAAGUUUCACCCGACAGAUGA